ACUAAAUUAGACAUCAUAACGGGAAUCAUGGCUUCGUCUUCAAACAAGAUAAGAUUUCCUUCGAUCAGGUCUACUAUCACUCAAAGGACGGUUGGUAAACCCCAAAAGUGGAAGGAGGGUGCAAAAUCACAAGACAAAGGGGAAGAUCCUGAUUUUUGGUCUAUACUCGAUCGAGUAUCUGUAUAUACUCGAUCGGGUAUCUUGUUGAAAUUUCAAAUCGGAUCGGAUCCGAAAACAAAGGAACAUGCAGGGAAGAUUUUGACCACGAUCGAGUGUCUAUACCCGAUCGGGUACACCGACAUACUCGAUCGGGUAUGACUAUAAAUUUUACUCUAAUUUCGAUCGAGUAUGGAUUGAAUUCGAGUUUCUACACAUACUCGAUCGAGUAUCUGUAUAUACUCGAUCGAGUACCCGAGCUGCACUCCCAAAAAGCCUAUAAAUACACCCCCUUUCCUUCACAAUAGAGCACCAAUUCCUAUAUACUUCUAAGCUCAGUCUAGAUAAGUUCUUUCUUUAUAUUUUCUUCAUGUUUAGUCUCCAAAUGAGGAGCUAAACUCUUCCAUC